GAAAAACGAGUGCGAAAUUUUAUUACAAGGCGCAUAUUUUAAGUGAAAAUCCAUGUUUUCGUCCUUGCGAAGCGGUAUCGCUCGACACAACGUGCUUGCUUUGUGGCAAAGGGGGUGCCGGAACGUGAUGGCCCAAUCUCGUAGGACGACCAAAAUUGCAGUCGCCCAGAUGAAAUCCACCAACGUAAAGGAACAUAAUUUGGACCAAGUGCGAACAAUUACAGAGCGCAGCAAAGCAAAUGAUGCUCAGUUUAUUUUCUUUCCAGAGUGUUGCGACUUUGUUGGGACGCAUCGAGAAGAAACGAUGCGGCUGUCUGAACCAUUAACGGGACCCUUGGUUCAACAGUACAAACAGCUGGCCCGUGAGCACAACGUUUGGCUAUCGUUGGGUGGAAUCCACGAAAGCAUAACCGAUGCAACUGGGCCGGAAAAGGAGGUGCAACGGAUUUUUAAUACCCACAUUGUCAUCGAUAACGCCGGUGAGCUGGUGGCAACCUAUCGCAAACUGCACAUGUUCAACGUUGUCACACCGGAAUUCAAAUUUCGCGAAUCGGAUACCGUUCAAUCAGGUGCGACCGUGGUGGCACCGAUUGAAUCUCCCAUAGGGCGAAUUGGGCUGCAGAUUUGCUAUGAUGUUAGGUUUCCCGAAGUGAGCACCAUUCUGCGAAAGCAGGGAGCAGAGAUCCUUACCUACCCUUCUGCAUUUGCCGUUUCCACCGGUCGAGCACAUUGGGAAGUACUGCUGCGAGCUCGGGCAAUCGAGAACCAAUGUUUCGUCGUUGCUGCGGCGCAGAUUGGAUUCCAUAACAAAAAACGCGAAAGCUAUGGCCAUGCAAUGGUGGUGAACCCGUGGGGGACGAUUCUUGCGGAGGCAGACCCAACCCUGGACCUGGACGUUGUGUAUGCGGAGCUAGACUACGAUAAGCUUGAUAACACACGAGCAAAUAUGCCUUGUUUCGAUCACCGUCGAAACGAUGUGUAUAAUCUCACCCCACUGAAGGAACUUAGGCACACGAACGAUUCAUCGAAAAAGGAGGAGUACAGAUUCGGUAGUUUCGUGAUCGAACCAGAAACGAUAUUUUACGAAUCGGAACACUGUUUUGCCUUCACCAACAUACGGUGUGUGGUGCCGGGACAUGUGUUGGUUACGACAAAACGGUCUGCUGCACGUUUGCCCGACCUUACUCCACCAGAAAUCAGCGACUUCUUUCAGGUGGUUUGUAAGGUUCAAAGAGCUGCCGAACGGUUAUACGAUGCCACAUCAUCUACCAUUACCGUGCAAGAUGGCCCAGAUGCUGGGCAGACGGUGUUCCAUGUGCACUGCCAUGUGAUGCCACGGCACGUGGGGGAUUUCCCUGAGAACGACCAGAUCUACGGCGAGCUGAAUCGGCACGAUAAAGAACCAGAUCGUCCAAGACGACCACUAGCGGAAAUGAUGACCGAAGCGACGCGUUAUCGAAUGGAGCUAUCUCGGUUGGGUUUGUGAGAGGUCAGUGGAUGUAAUUUUAUAAGUAACGAAUAAACAAUGCGUUGUUAUUCGCUUUCUAAGACAAGAAUA